AUGGCGCCCAAGGCCGGCCGCAGCAAGGGAGGCAAGGCGAAGGGAGAGAAGAAGAGAAAGGAAGAGAAAGGUCAGUCACGUCCCUCCUCCCGCAUCCUAUCCAUUCAUCCACCAUUCCCUCCGUCUCCGCACCUUGCGCACCUUCUGCUUCAUCUUCAUCAUCAUCUUCUUCUUCUUCAGUCGUCCCCGCUGCCGUGGACAUCAUUGUCACGACUCCCUACGAGACGCAGGUCACCCUCAAGGUAGUCCCCCUUCCUUCCCUGGAGGAUUCCUCUCUCUCUCUCUCUCAUCCUCCGCGCUCGAUUUCUCCGCCCCUGCCGCGUCUAACUCCUUUGAUCGACAUGAAUGCAGGGGAUUUCCACCGAUAGGAUUCUCGAUGUGCGCAGGCUCAUUGCCUCCCAUGUGGGGACCUGCCACCUCACGAGCUUCUCACUCUCCCAUCCGGUACUCCCGCCUCCCCCCCAUUUCCAGCGAGGAAUCUAGAGAGAGAAACUGCCUCUCCCCACAAUUCUCCCCCCCUCUCUCUCUCUCUUCUGAGAAUCCUCCUUAUUCUUCUCUCUCUUCCAUGGGCAGACGAGAGGAGGAAGGCUCGGCGAUGGCGCAGAGAUCUCCGCCCUCAAGCCCUGCGUCCUGAAGAUCGUGGAAGGUGAGCUCAUGCCCGCCCACUGAUGCCUUAAUGGUAACCUACUGGUUUUCUGCGUCAUAAUCUCGCCGAGGAGGGUGACGGGUUUCCAAAGUUGUGGGCCCCACUGUCGAGACUCCUCGCAGAAAAGGACAAAAUCCGAUGUUGUCCGUUGUUGAUCCUGCCCCCGCCUUCGAGAUGCCCGUCCGUUCGGCAUCUGACGGUCAAGACCGUCCGAUGACCUCGUGUUGUACGGCCGGGUGAACGCCUUAAUGUCCACGUGAUUUAUAAUUAUUGGGCCGUUGUUGGGCCUAUUAAAUGACCCAUAAUUGUUGAACUUCACUCCUCCUUUAUAUUUUGUAUUUUAUUUAUGCCCAUUUUGUUUUAAUCCCCCCCCUGCUUGGAACGGCGCCUUCAUCCGUGUUUUUUUACAACGAUUUUUAUUAAUUUGUGAUGUAUCCCUAAUAUCUGCAUUUAAAACCUCCUUCGCAGUUGCUAUUUUAUUUAUGUCGGUUUUAUUUUCUCCACGUGGGGAAAUAGUUUGGAAAGGACAACUAUUCAUGUUUUCUAGUACCAUCUUUAUUAGUGUUUGGUGUGUUUGUGGCUUUUGCACUUAACGCACCCCCCCUUCAUUAUUAAUAUUUCAUUUAUGGCCAUUUUUUCCCCAAAGGGACUGUUUGGAAAUAUGCCAUUAUUGGCCUUUCUAGCAAAUUUUGAGACUAUUUUGAAUGAUUGUAGGAUGAAAUAAUUUGAAAUUCUCUGAUAUAUAACCUAGAUCACUUCAUUUUCUUUGGUUUCGACCUCUAAUAUGGCUUUUAUUAGAUACCAUAUUUAAAAAAACCAAUAAUCAUAUUUAUUAAACUUAUGGUAAAAUAUUCAUGAAAAUGCUGUGAAAGUUCAACCAGUGUAACACAAAAUGGCAUCUCUUUCAUUAUUGUGCUAUUAAUUAUCAAAAAAUGCGUUUUCUGUAUUUUAAAUUACCUUUCUGGUUAGGAAUGGAGGGUUUUAUUUUAAUUCUUGAAUUUCCUAAUUAAUUCCUUUUAGAGGGCUUCACUUAGACAAUGAGUGGUGAAGAUAUCUAUUAAUUUCCUUGUUCACUGAGGAUGCAGAGGACUACCCCACUGAGGGGGAGGGCGUAGAACACGUUCGGCGGCUACUGGAUAUCGUGGCGUGUACCACCUGCUUUCGGAAGCCACAGCAGAGGACCGCCAGAAAGCAGCAGAAUCCGGCGAUUGCUACCGCUACGAAUGGGAAAUCGGCUCCUGGGUCCUCUCCUUCUUCUCCUGCUGUGUCCGGAAUCCCUGGCACCGCUACUGAAAAUGGGAAGGGACCCACAUCCCCGGAGGCUCCAAUCCCAGCCAUCUCGGAGAAGUUCGACAUGGCGGCGAUUCAGCCGACUCCGAAGCUCGGCGACUUCUACGAAUUCUUCUCCUUCUCUCACCUCAGCUCUCCCAUCCAAUGUGAGUUCUCUCUCUCUCUCUCUCUCUCUCUCUCUGAGUAAGAUUCGACAAACCUUUAGACUUUUGUUUUGAGAAGAAGGAACUAACCAGAGCUUCCUUAUUCACUGUGGUGCAGAUAUUAGAAGACGUGAAAAUGGGGUUGAUGGUGUGGAUAGGCAGGCAGGGGACUACUUCGAAUUGGAGGUGAGCCCUGUUCCUCCCUGAUGAAUCGUGGUCGCACAGGAAAUCAAUUGCGAUUACUCAUUGAAGAUCCUAGAGGCAUCCGUUUCUCAUGUAGAUAAGAUUAACAUGCUCGCCACAUGUUUGAAAUGUGCCCCAUGUGAAAGAGGAGUGGAUCACUGGUUUUCGAAUUUCGAUGGAUGGAUGGACCUUUUACCCUGUUUCCAUUCUCCUAUUGUUAGAUUGCCGACAACCUUAGCAGUUCCCUGUUUUAUAAAUUUCUAACUUGUGCGGUACCAUGCAGAUUAAGGUCUGUAAUGGGAAAUUACUCACUGUCAUGGCUUCCACCAAAGGUUUUCGAGUAACAGGUUCAAAACAGCAUCUCCAGAGUCAUGCCCUGGUGGACCUUUUGCGGCAACUAAGCAGGGGCUUUGCCAAUGUGGGUACUUGAGUCACCCAUUUAUAUUUCUUGGGCGUCCUUGGUUUUUUUUAUCCAUCGUGCUUUCCUCUUAUCCUAGCCGUUUUUGUUCAAUAUCACUUCUUGAUGGCAUGCAGGCUUAUGAAUUGCUGAUGAAGGCUUUUGAAGACCAUAACAAGGUGCCAAUACCCUCUGAACUUCUAGAAAAUUAGUAUCAAAAUGCUAAAAUAAUUAAAAUAUUCCCAUCCAUGAUAGUUCUGCUGAAAUAUUUGAUCUUUGAUAAAUUUUCAGUUUGGUAAUCUUCCAUAUGGGUUUCGUGCCAAUACAUGGCUGGUUCCUCCAAUUUUUGCCGAGUCCCAGUCAAAAAAUCCAACGCUGCCAGCGGAAGAUGAGACCUGGGGCAGUAAUGGUGGAGGGCAAGGGAGAGAAAGUAAGCAUUGUCGGAGGAAAUGGGCUUCAGAUUUUGAAGUCUUAGCUAGUAUUCCUUGCAAAACUGAAGAAGAGAGGCUGGCACGCGAUAGGAAGGCCUUCCUAUUGCAUAAUCUAUUCGUCGACACAGCAAUCAUCAAAGCUGUUUCCGCAAUUCAGCAUCUUGCAGAGGGUGAUAUUUCCUCAAGCACACCAUCAGAAGCUCCCACAGGGUCGAUUUUGCAUGAAGAGCGCCAAGGGGACUUGGUUGUAGCAAUAAAAAAAGACGGUGGAGAUGCUGGCAUCAAGCAUGUGGAGAAGAUUGAUGAGAUACAAUCAUCAGGCAUGUCCAUUCAGGAGAUCACUCAGAGAAAUCUUCUAAAAGGGAUAACAGCUGAUGAGAAUGUCGUCUUUCAUGUAAGAGGAAAAGAAAGAAAGCUAACAGUGAAAACUGGUCUUUUUCUUUUUAACUUUAGAAAUUCAACUAACUCAUUGUCAUGCCACUCUAUACUGCAGGACACUUCCACUUUGGGUGCUGUUAUUGUCAGACAUUGUGGGUAUACAGCCACUGUGAAGGUCCCUCAAGAUGUGAAAAGGAAGCAUUCGGCAUCAGACAUUGAGAUUGAAGACCAACCAGAUGGAGGUGCCAAUGCCUUGAAUCUAAACAGGUUUUAUUCUUGUAUUGUUUCGGGAACCCUCUUGAGCAUUCCAUAUUUUCUUCAAUGCAUAGUUCCUGGGUUUCAAUUACUUGCUCACUCAGUUUCAAAACUGCUGUGCAGCUUAAGGCUUCUCCUCCAGACUUUCAGCUCCGACUCAUCUCUGGAGAGUCAGGGCUUUGCUGAGCCUGAUGAAGGUAAAGCUGCUCAUUCAUUGGUACAAAGAGUGCUUCAUGAUAGCUUGAUGAGUCUGGAGAAGACUGCUGAGGCAACAGAGAGCCCCAUCAGAUGGGAACUUGGCUCCAGCUGGAUGCAACAUUUACAGAAGCAGGAUAGUUCAACUAAUGAAGUGCUUCAGAAUGGUUCAGAAGGUGCGCCGGAAGAACUUUCUGUCAAAGGCCUUGGUAAGCAAUUCGAACCACUGAAGAAAAUAAAAAAGAAGGCAGAUCCUGUUGGCAAAAAUCCUGCUACACCAAAGAAGGAUGCCAGUGAAAACUGUGAGGGGAAAACAGUUGAUGUAGAAAAAUCAAGACCGAGUGAAUCAAAUGAAGAAGCUGACUUGCUGAAACUUUUGCCUGAAGAAGUUUUACUGCGUUUAAAAGAUUCAGGAACUGGUCUACACCUGAAGGUUUUGCGAUUAACGUCUUUUACAUAUUUUCUUUCUAUAAGUUAUUUUUUCUGAAGUUUAGGUUAGCUGUAUGAUGGUUUUAAACAACUAUUGUGCUGAAUAUCAGGCAACUAAUGUACUUAGAUUCUUUGAUUCUUCAAUAUCAUCCUAUUCUAUGUUUAGUUAUCGUUCUUCUUUUUAAUCUAUGUUUAAUCUAUGCUCUUUUCAUUUUUUGAACUUUGCAGUCAUUAGACGAGCUCAUCAAGAUGGCACACAAGUAUUACCAUGAUAUAGCUCUUCCUAAAUUGGUAUUUUUGAAAUUUUAAUCAACGGAAAACAUUUGAAGCUAGUUCCAUGUGGUCAUUUCGGUCUUCAAUUCUGACAAACCUUUGAUUUCUGCAGGUUGCUGAUUUUGCGUCACUUGAACUUUCACCCGUUGAUGGUCGUACCCUUACUGAUUUUAUGCACAUGAGGGGACUAAAGAUCUCUUCUUUAGGGCGUGUGGUGAGGAUAUAAAUAUUCGUCAACAAUUAGUUCUAAUCAGUUAUUCUUGGCUUGUAAAUUUAAGAAGAGAAGUUGAUUUUGCCCUUAACUUUGACAACUAAAACAGGUUGAACUUGCUGAGAAGCUCCCACAUAUUCAGUCACUCUGUAUACAUGAGAUGGUCACUCGAGCAUUUAAGCACAUAGUGUUAGCGGUUAUUGCUGUGGCAGGUAAUGGAAGAAAUCUUUCUGCAGUAAUUGCUGCAGCUUUGAACAUCUUUUUUGGUUCUUCAAAAGAAGAUAAUGACCACGAAGACCAUGACAAAGAUAAUACACUUCGAAUGAAAUGGCUGCGAACUUUCAUUUCCAAGAGAUACCAUUGGAAGUUGAAAAAUGAGUUCCAAUACUUGAGAAAAUUCGUUCUUCUCAGAGGACUCUGCCAUAAGGUUCAUCAUCUAACCCCCUUUGUUGGACUAGUUUUUUUUUACCCUUUUAUAUUCCCCUUCUUGUCUUACUGUUCUAUUUUCUUCAUUUAGGUUGGGCUGGAAUUAGCUCCCAGGGACUACGAUAUGGACAGCCCUAACCCAUUUGAUAAGUCUGAUAUAAUUAGCAUCAUUCCUGUCUGUAAAGUAAGGUUUUAAUUGCUCUGUGUUUGAUUAUUAAUUUUUUUUCCUAUGCACCCAACUAAUGAUGCUUAUGGUGUCACUACAAUUUGUUAUACAGCAUGUGGCAUGCUCAUCUGCGGAUGGUCGAAAUUUAUUAGAAUCAUCUAAAACAGCACUAGACAAAGGAAAAUUGGAGGAUGCUGUUAAUUAUGGAACAAAGGUGUGCAAUUCUUGUUUCACGAUUCCAUUCAUUAUAUAUUAUAUAAAUUUUUUUCUAAUGAAAGACGUGGAGCUUCUUGAAUCUUAUCAACUCAACUAAGCAGAAUCUUUUCUUUUAAAGGCACUAUCAAAAUUGAUUGCAGUCUGUGGUCCUUACAACCGAAUGACGGCUAGUGCAUAUAGUCUUCUGGCAGUAGUGCUUUAUCACACUGGAGACUUUAAUCAGGUACUUCCUUUUACAUAUGCUCUUAUGUGCAGCACAUGUAAAUGUUGAAAUACUAUCCUAGACUCGUAGAUGGGCAUUUGUAACUUAGGUUUUGACGUUCUUAGUUGUUUUAUGUGGUUACUGUAAAAAUAGCAAAUUAUAUAUAGAAAAAAAUACUCGAGGUCAUUGGAAUAAACAAAAGUACUCUCAUGUGUACCUGAUUCAUUUGUUCCAUCAGAAAGCUCAUUUUGUUCUAUAUUCAUUGAAGAAAUAUAACUCGUUCAUAAUGUCAUAAUGUACAUUGCUUUUUCUGAUGUCUUAAGGUCCAUUUUUUUCUUAAAUAAGUGGUUUUAGUUUUUCUAAGUGUACAUUGUUUUUUAUUUCUUUUGUAGGCAACCAUAUAUCAACAAAAAGCACUAGACAUUAAUGAAAGAGAGCUUGGUCUUGAUCACCCUGAGACAAUGAAAAGCUACGGCGACCUCUCUGUCUUUUACUAUCGCCUCCAACACAUUGAACUAGCUUUAAAGUAAGUUCUUUCCAAUUACAUUGCUGAUUCCAUGUAAUACCAGCUUACAUGCCCUAGGAGUUCACAGUAGUCUAGUCAUCCCCGAGUUUCUCUUUUAUUACAUGUUAAUAACAUCCUGCUGUAAAAGGGCUGGGGAGUGAUGUUGGUUGUAGGUUAUUGGGUGGUUCUUCCCAGGGAAAUGGACGGGUCCGGUCAGUAGGCUCCUCAGUGAUUGGGCAUCUGGGUUUAUCUGACCCAUUGGUUGAUGAACAAAAUGUAGGGAAGCGAGCUAAUUGAAGACUCAAAAAUUUAGUUGUGGGUUUCCCUGACAGACUCUCAUGCAGUAACUUUUGAUCUAAUAUACAAACCACUGUUAAUGAAACUAACAACGAGUAUCACCAGAUUAGAUGAAUGAGAAUGCUGCAUUGCACGUUUCAGGUAUGCCAACAGAGCACUCUAUCUUCUUCAAUUCUCUUGUGGACUGUCACAUCCUAAUUCUGCAGCAACAUACAUAAAUGUUGCUAUGAUGGAAGAAGGUAUGGGGAAUGUUCAUGUGGCUCUCCGCUAUUUGCAUGAGGCCCUGAAGUGCAACAAGAGAUUAUUGGGAGCUGACCACAUUCAGGUCUGUAUAUAUUUCCUUCACCUAUUCUUGCGCUUUUUUCUUAACAUGCGACAGUAGAAUGGGAUAUUUUUCCUUUCCUUUUCAUUCUCGCUUUCAAGCUACUCAUUUCAUGAAAUGGUAUUCCAUUAAGCUGUAACCAGAAAUAAGAUCUGUAAUUCCUGGAAACUAUCGAAAAAUGACAGUACUUACUAAAAUUAUGUAAGGUUUAUGAAAGUCUCCCAUUUCUUCUCGCCAAUAUGGAGUGCUUUCAAAUGCAUCACCUGUUUCAAAUUUCUCUGGUGCUGUCAAUUUAUAAUGUUGUAGAAUUUUCCAACCAUACAGAGUGAUGAAAAAUUUAUUAAAGUUUUUUUUCCCAAUUUUUUAGCGCUGUAUAAGGACAUUCACCAUUCUUUCUGAAAAGUCUCACAUAUCAUAUUUAACAGUGUCUUUAUGGAAUACUUUACUUUUCUCUUUGAUUGCAUGUUUUCAUCAUUCUCAGCAAUUUACUGGUCCAUGUCCAAUAGAUCAAAUUGAUAGCAAUUCCUUGUGUUUGAACCACAGACUGCUGCAAGCUACCAUGCGAUCGCAAUUGCUCUUUCUAUGAUGGAUGCUUACUCCCUGAGCAUGCAACAUGAACAAACUACGUUGCAGAUUCUCCAAGCUAAACUUGGACCAGAAGACCUACGAACCCAGGUUGUGCCUACCUCUACUUAUUAUCUUCUGUGAAAAAUCUCUUUGGAGGCUCCAGCGUGAAGACUAAUCCAGAUAAUUGCUUUCACAGGACGCUGCUGCAUGGCUUGAUUAUUUUGAGUCGAAGGUCUUGGAGCAGCAGGAGGCUGCCCGGAAGGGUAUUCCCAAGCCCGAUUCCUCCAUAGCAAGCAAAGGCCACCUCAGGUACUGAUUCUAUUGCUUCUUGCAUUUUUUCUCUAAAUUAAAUUGAUUUCACCGCAAUUUAAACACUUGACUAUUUCAGUGUAUCAGAUCUUCUUGAUUUCAUAAACCCGGAUCAAGACAUGAGGGAUCGGGACACACAGAAAAAGCAACAGCGUGUUAAGGUAUUGGGCAUUGUAAUCUCUUGGCCUCUUAAUCCUCGAAUGUUCAUUCAGUCGCGUCUGAUUGUUCCAGCUUCUCUCUCCGAGGAAAUUUAGAGACGAAAUCCCUGCUCCAUCCCUGCUCCAUCCCUGCCAUGUUACAGACUAAUCAAUUCUUCGACUUCUGACAUUCUUCCAGUUUCUCUCUCGUAACUCGAUUUUGUUGACGUUAUUUUGGCUCCUUGGAAUCACAGAUGUCCUCACUACAUUCCUCUAUAAUGCCUUUUUGUUCACAGAUCGGCAGUAGAAGCAACCCAGAACAUCAAAUUCAAAUCCCAGAUGAGAUGCUCUAUGAAGUGACCUCUGCAGACAUUCAUUAUGGAAUUGAUGAGCAUAAAGGCAAAGAAAAGCCCAAGAAGCUUCAGUCCGAAGCAUCUGCAAAGCCGGCUACCCUCACGUCGUGUGAAGCUAACUCUUCCACUGUGGAAACUCUAGAUGCUGAUUCUGAUGAAGGUUGGCAGGAAGCAAUUUCGAGAGGACGGUCGGGACAUGUCGCACAAAAGAAAAUAGGAGCAAGAAGACCAGUUCUUCCACGGCUCAAGAUAAAUGGGUCCGUCGCUGGGGAUGCUAGAGAGUCAGAAUACAAGCGAAAACCCAUGUCAUCAGCAUUAAAGACGAACUCUUCUGCAAUAAGAACUCCAUACACUGAUGUUUCUGCUUUUGGAAGGAAUCCAAAGAUAUUGAACGCGGUGGCAACAGAUGAUGCGAACAAAGUGCAGGCAAAGGCACCUGAAUCAGAGACCAAACCGGAUCAGAGCCUUAAAUCCACUUUUAUUGCAAGGCUCACGACAAUGGCGUUGAAGUCCGUAUCCUACAAGGAAGUGGCUGUUUCGCCUCCUGGGUCAGUCUUAAAAUCUGCGGUAGAGAAACCAGAAGAGAUAACCAGGGAAGAAGCAGUCAACUCGAAGGUCUGUGCGGAUCCAUUGGAGGUCACAGAACUGGAUGAGAGAGGAGAUGGAGGAGAAGCUCAGGAGAACGGAGCUGUGAAGGACAUCAUGAAGGAAUCAUCGCUCACAGAAGGAGAGCAGCUGUCGUUGUCCAAGGUAGAUAAAGGUACUGAUUCUGAUGGGAGCCAAGAAUCCUCUGAUGCUAAGAAGCCUUCAGAAGCGAGCAGAGCCAACAGCAAGCUCUCUGCUUCAGCUCCUCCAUUCAGUCCAGGCUUGCUGAUCCCUCCAGCUCAUGUGUACCCUCCUUCUGUGGAUAUGAUUCCUCCUCACACAGUGGGAAUUCCUCCUCAACCCAUUUCAGGCAGAAUCCCAGGCAGCCCCGGAUCCUCUUUAUUCUACAGAACCGGGCACUCCUACAGAAAGCAAGGCUACCCAAAGGGCCCCAAUGGUCACCGCGCCGCCGUCAUUUCUGGAGCUGGCGGGAGCCCCCCCCGUGUGAUGAACCCACAUGCUGCCGAGUUUGUUCCAGGGAAAGCUCCACCGAGAACGGGCUCUGAUAAUGCAGACUCAGAGGGGCAGAGCCCGCGGGAGGAGCCCAGAAAAGAAGAAUCCUUCAAUAGAGCUGAGGAGGAGAAAUCAGUCUCAGAGAGAAUCACCGAUGAUGAAAGAUCUAAAAGUGGCAAAGGGAAGAAGACUGGCCAGAGCUCAGAGAAGUCCGAGAUGGCCAGGCAGAUCCUCCUGAGCUUCAUCGUGAAGUCUGUCCAAGAUAACUUUGCCCCGCCAACUGAAGCUGGAGACCCAUUGAAGCCCAUCGGAGGAGGAGACGGCAAACCGGUCCUGCCGGCAUUUGGCGGUGAGGCAAGAACAAGGCCCCCCCAGGUUUUGCAGUCCUCUGCUCAGGAGCCCAUCAAGAACGAGACCACAAACCAGCAAAAGGGCGCGGAUGUGGAGGGAUUCACAAAGGUCGCGAGGAAGAGGAGAAGCAAGCAGCAGUUCAGCGGCAGCGUGAAUGGUCUCAUUGCUCAGCAGUCCAUCUGCACUUCCGUGAGCUGA